GUGGGCGUAAGCCUGCGCGGCGCGGAUGGACCCGGAAGAGGCCUCUACUACGCGCCCUGUAAGGGGGACAGGUGGCCGUACGCGUCUCUACGUGCGUGGCUGUGCGCGCACGGGUGUAGUCCCCGCGAGAGGGAGGGUCGAGCCAGGUUACCACCAAAGAACAUGAUUUUGGUCUAGGGGCUCCAGUUUCUGAAGCUGAAAAAUACCAGAAUAAACUCCAGCUAGAACAAGAAGUGAGAAAUCAAGAUAAAUUCAUCUCUGCACUGAAAUUACAGAUUGAAGAUCUCAAACAGACAAAUCAUGGCUUGGAAGAAUAUGUUAGGAAACUCUUGGAUAGUAAGGAGGUGGUAAGCAGUCAAGUAGAUGAUUUAACCAGCCACAAUGAGCAUCUUUGUAAAGAAUUGAUUAAAAUUGACCAACUAGCAGAGCAACUAGAAAAAGAGAAAAAUUUUGUGGUGGAUAUCGCCGACAAAGAACUUGAAGAAGCAAAGAUUGAACUCAUUUGCCAGCAAAAUAAUAUAAUAGUAUUGGAAGAUACAAUAAAAAGCCUUAGAUCUACUUGAUUCCUUUGUCAAGACUUUAGAAGCAGACAGAGAUUACUACAAGAGUGAAGCUCAAAAUUUGAGAAAGAUGAUCAGAAGUAGAUCUAAAAGUCCAAGACGCCCAUCUCCAUCUUCCCGGGGUACAAACUGUGAUGUAGAGCUUUUGAAGACAACAAGAGACCGUGAAGAACUUAAAUGCAUGCUGGAAAAAUAUGAGCGUCAUUUGGCAGAAAUUCAGGGUAAUGUCAAGGUUCUUACAUCUGAGAGAGACAAGACCUUUCUUCUUUAUGAACAGGCACAGGAAGAAAUUGCCCGACUUCGACGAGAAAUGAUGAAAAACUGUAAGUCUCCUAAAUCAACAACAGCACAUGCCAUCCUCCGGCGGGUGGAGACUGAAAGAGAUGUGGCCUUCACUGAUUUACGAAGAAUGACCACAGAACGAGACAGCCUGAGGGAAAGGCUAAAGAUUGCCCAAGAGACAGCAUUUAAUGAGAAGGCUCACUUGGAACAAAGGAUAGAAGAGCUGGAGUGUACUGUUCAUAAUCUUGAUGAUGAACGGAUGGAGCAAAUGUCAAAUAUGACUUUGAUGAAGGAAACCAUAACCACUGUGGAAAAAGAAAUGAAAUCACUAGCAAGAAAGGCAAUGGAUACUGAAAGUGAACUUGGCCGACAAAAGGCAGAGAAUAAUUCUUUGAGACUUUUAUAUGAAAAUACAGAAAAAGAUCUUUCUGAUACUCAGCGACAUCUUGCUAAGAAAAAAUAUGAGCUACAGCUUACUCAGGAGAAAAUUAUGUGCUUGGAUGAAAAAAUUGAUAAUUUUACCAGGCAAAGUAUUGCCCAGAGAGAAGAAAUCAGCAUUCUUGGUGCAACCCUCAACGAUCUGGCUAAAGAAAAGGAAUGCCUGCAAGCAUGUUUGGAUAAAAAAUCUGAGAAUAUUGCAUCCCUUGGAGAGAGUUUGGCAAUGAAAGAAAAGACCAUUUCAGGCAUGAAGAAUAUCAUUGCUGAGAUGGAACAGGCAUCAAGACAGUCUACCGAAGCCCUAAUUAUGUGUGAACAAGACAUUUCCAGAAUGCGUCGGCAAUUGGAUGAAACAAAUGAUGAGCUGGCUCAGAUUGCCAGGGAAAGAGAUAUCUUGGCUCAUGAGAAUGACAAUCUCCAAGAACAGUUUUCUAAAGCUAAACAAGAAAACCAGGCCCUGUCUAAAAAAUUGAAUGAUACGCACAAUGAACUUAAUGACAUAAAGCAGAAGGUCCAAGAUACUAAUUUGGAGGUUAACAAGCUGAAGAAUAUAUUAAAAUCUGAAGAAUCUGAGAACCGGCAAAUGAUGGAUCAACUCCGAAAAGCCAAUGAAGAUGCCGAAAACUGGGAAAAUAAGGCCCGUCAAGCAGAGGCAGAUAACAAUACCCUCAAAUUAGAACUUAUCACUGCUGAGGCAGAGGGUAACAGAUUAAAAGAAAAAGUAGAUUCUCUCAACAGAGAGGUCGAGCAGCACUUAAAUGCAGAAAGGUCUUAUAAGUCCCAGAUUUCUACCUUACACAAGUCUGUUGUAAAGAUGGAAGAGGAACUUCAGAAGGUUCAGUUUGAAAAAGUGUCUGCCCUUGCAGAUUUAUCUUCCACAAGGGAACUUUGUAUUAAACUUGACUCAAGCAAAGAACUUCUUAAUCGACAGCUGGUUGCCAAAGAUCAAGAAAUAGAAAUGAUGGAGAAUGAAUUAGAUUCUGCUCGCUCUGAAAUAGAACUCCUCAGGAGUCAGAUGACAAAUGAGAGAAUCUCCAUGCAGAAUCUAGAAGCUUUGCUGGUGGCCAAUCGAGACAAAGAAUAUCAGUCUCAGAUAGCGCUUCAAGAAAAAGAAUCUGAAAUUCAGCUUCUUAAAGAACACCUUUGUUUGGCAGAAAAUAAAAUGGCCAUCCAGAGUAGAGAUGUGGCCCAGUUCAGAAAUGUUGUAACACAGUUGGAAGCUGAUUUAGACAUUACCAAACGACAACUAGGGACGGAGCGCUUUGAAAGGGAGAGGGCUGUACAAGAACUUCGCCGCCAGAAUUACUCAAGUAAUGCUUAUCAUAUGAGUUCCACAAUAAAGCCAAAUACAAAAUGUCAUUCACCAGAACGUGCUCACCAUCGAUCUCCUGACCGAGGCCUAGAUCGAUCGUUAGAAGAGAAUCUUUGCUAUAGAGAUUUCUGACACACGAAGAUUCUUCACAUCCUUGGGAAAGGUCAAAGUUACAAACUGAUUUUUUUUUUGCUACAUGAUUGCAUUUAUCUUUUGAAUGCUUGACAAUGUUAAAUGUAUUUAUUAACUUUGUGCCUCUGAAUCUCUGUUCUCCUGUGCCAUAUUGCAGUGAUCUGAGAUGACUUAUAAAAACAAAAAUGCAUAUGGCUCUUUCUAUCCGUGCAGUAAUAGUGAGUGUAAAAUCUGCUUACUUCACUAUUGAACACUGUUAUGUUAACUAUCCGGAGUAAAUAAAGAAGCUUAUAAAAAGAGGGAAAAGUGUUUUUACAAAACUGAUUUCCUUUCCUUUCCUUUCUUGAUAUCUCAAAUAAUUGGUUAAAUUUUUUCUUUGUGAUUUAUGCUUUCAUUGCUGGAGAAGUUGUGCCAAAAUGAGCAAAGUUUACCAAUACUGGCCUGGGACCCAAUAUUCCAUUUGGGAACCAACCUGACAUAAUUUCCAGGCCAUAAUCUGAUUUCAAAGCAGCAGAUAGUAGGAGUGUGUCAGAGUUUUUAAAUCCAUAGUAUUGUACCACUAAUUAACAUACAUUUUCUGCAAUUGUGUUUACCCGUACUAUUUUUAGAAAGGUAGGUGAUGCUAUAUUUGUCAAGAAUGUAAGAUUUUUUUAAAAAUCUGUAUUUUAAUAAGUUUUCCUUAAAAUAUUAAAGUACUGCAAUCAACUUAAUUGCCAUUUUAUUUAUUUAUUUAUUUGCCUGUUGCAGGUGUCUGUAACGUAGAGUAACAAGUUUAGUGAUGUUUUCUUAUUUCUCCUAAAAUUUCCUAAAUCUCUUACCUUUUCUCUCCAUAGGCUUUGAUUUAAUGUUGAUAUUAAAGCCUGGCACUACUGUAUUUUAUUGAUUGAUAUUUGUAUUCUUGCCAUUUUAAUAAAAAAAAAAGUCCUGUCAUUAAUAAUA